GGGCAGUUCAUGCUCGCCGUCGUGUAAGCUGCUGGUCAGGCCCCAUUGCGGCUGAGCAGAAUGAUAGGGAUUAGAAUUCGAUUUGGAAUACCUCAUCCUAUUCCUGCCAGGUAGCGUCGGAUUGGGGUUGCCCAAACACAAAGAUGAAAAAGCCAGAAGAUAUUUAAGGGCCUCGAAGGGCCGCCCUCUUCACUCAUCAGUAUCCAGCAACGUCAAAAGCAAAGCAACACAUCAACAUCACUGACUACUUUCAAAGUCUCGCACAAGAAACCUUUUGAAAUUUAUCUUCAAUAGCCAUCAUGCUUCUCGAAACUUCCCUACACUCUCUGUUCGCGGUGAUGGUCGCCGUCGCCUUGCCAGCAACGGCCGCACCUCAGCCGAUCACCAAGAGCUCAACAUCAGAACUCAGCUUGACGGCUAAACUCCGUCUCGCAGACAGUGCGACCGAACGUUACAAUCUCUUGCCAAAAGACGAGGACUUCGUCUUCAAGUUCUCAGAGAAAGAGCCUGUUGCCUCCACCCAGAACUUUCCCGCUCUAGUCGGCGUCGGUGCCUCCUUCAGCGUCGGUGAUCUUCCAGGAUGCAGCAUGUCCUUCCUCCACCUGCACCCCCGUGCCACCGAGCUCCUGACCGUUACCAAGGGACGCGUCUUAACCGAAAUGGUACCCGAGGCUGUCGUCGACUCCAAGGGAAAUCAACGCGUUAUCCGCGCCGAGCUGAAGCCCGGCAUGGUGACCGUCUUCCCGGCCGGUUCAUUCCACACGCAGGUGAAUCCCGACUGUGACACUGCCAGUUUUGUUGCAGCGUUCAAUAACGAAGAAUUCUCGGUGGGUUUGGUUGCACAGCAGGCCUUUGCGCUCAGCGAUGAUGUUAUUGCUGGCAAUCUUGGGCAGAGCAUUGCUGGGGAGGACAUUGAGAAAGUGAGGAAGGCAAUUCCUAAGAGUGCGGCUAUCGAGGUUGAGAAAUGUUUGGCGAAAUGCGGUAAGAAGAAGAACUAGGCUUGAUGCGUGUGAUAUGCUACGAGCGGAUGUUUUGACCGGGUUGUUUGAUAGAUUGGGGUGUCAACAUGUGGAAGGGUGAGUUCGG